AUGGAGUUCGAUCUGCGGGAAUAUUUUCGGGCGGCUUUCGAAGACAAGCUGCUAGUGCGAAUGCCAGAUCGGGAGGAUGAUUUCCUAACUCCAGCUACCCGUCUUCUAGAAAAGAGACGAGAGAUGAUUGAAGUUGAGCAAGCUUUAAAUACACAGAAAGAGGAAUUCCAAAUGAAAACAGAGAGCCUUCAGCAGCGUCGUGCAGAAUUGGAACACAAGGAAGAGAAACUUAAGGAUUCGUUGUUUAAAUUUGAUAAGUUUCUCAAGGAAAAUGACUCAAAGCGUAAACGCGCACUGCGAAAAGCAACUGAGGAGCAACAGCUGGCAGCUCAGAAAGAAAGGGAAGCCAUACGUUUACAGGUGAAAAACAAGCAGCUGCAAGUAUGUAAGGAGAGACUGCUGCGUAGACAAGAGAAAACCAGUAUAUACCAAAACUACCUGCAGAGAGUACUGGAAAGGACUGAAGAGUUCCAAGAAGUACAGGAAAUGAUAGACCGGUUCAACACCUUAAUGGCUACGCAAGACAAGUUGCUAAAGCGGGAGCUUGAAAAUCAGGAGAAUACUGAAAAAGAAAAGGCACGACUGCUGCAUUAUCAGGAGGAAGCCCGCAGCCAGAUCCUGGAGCUCAAUAACCAGCUGGCUGAUCUACAAGAAGAGCUGGAGAGAGCAAGAGCUAUAGAGCUGGAAUGGGAGUCUCGAUGGGCACAAAUUCAAAACACCGCAGCUGAAAAUACAUUACGAUUGGGUCGCAUCAGAAUGGCAACUCUGAAUCUCUUCCAAAUCAUCACAAAGCAGAUGCAUAUGAAGUCUGAUGCAUCUAUAGAAGACACUGAAAUGCAGCUUGAAAAGAUUAAGAUCUGCUUUGUGGACCUUGAUGCCAUACAUAAAGACCUAAAGAAGGCUGAAAUAAAUCCACAGACACCAGCCAUGUCUUCUGCCAACUGA